AUGCUGGAUUUUGGAGAGAUUCUGAGGACUGUUGGAGACUUUGGGUUAUUCCAAAAGCUUAUCCUGGUUUCCUUAACUGCUCCAAAUUUGGUCCUACCCGUUCUCUUUGCUAGUCUGAUUUUUGUUCAGUCUGACCCAGACAGACGCUGUAACACGGACUGGAUCCUUAGAAAAGCUCCUAACUUGACCACGGAGGAGCAGCUGAACUUGACCCUGCCCCGGGAGCAGGACGGGACCGUCAGUAGGUGUCUGAUGUUUGUCCCAGUGGACUGGGACAUUAACACCAUCAGAGAACGUGGACUUAAUGAGACCACCGGCUGCCAGGAUGGAUGGCUGUACGACAACACCAUGUAUGAGGCCACCAUAGUCACUGAUUUUGAUUUAAUCUGUGACAAGUCUAACCUGGUUGAAGUUGCCCAAACAGUCUUCAUGGCUGGUGUACUUACUGGUUCAUUUUUUUUUGGACCAGCAGCUGAAUCGUGUGGUCGAAAGCGAAUCACUCAGAUAACAGUGAUCCUUCUGCUUAUUUUCACCAUUAUAACUGGUUUGUCUCCAAAUCUACAUGUGUACAUGGUGUCGCAGUUCAUAGCUGCGGCUGCAUUAGGGGGAUAUAGGAUCAACGCGCCAGUAUUAGCUACAGAGUGGAUUGGGGUCACCCAUCGGUCCUUCGCCUCCUGUCUGUCCCAGAUGUUCGCAGCUGUAGGACAAUGUGCACUGGCUGGUUUGGUCUAUGUGGUUCGUGACUGGAGGCAAGCUCAGUAUGUCAUGGCAGGAGCACAGGCCUUCGUAUGCGUUUAUAUAUGGUUUAUUCCUGAGUCCGCAAGGUGGUUGUUUGCACAGGGGAGAAUCUCAGAAGCCAAUAACUUGGUGCUGAGAGUGGCAGCAAUAAAUAAACGGAUAGUCCCAGAGAAUCUGCUCAAUGCGGUAACCAGUGAACAAAAAACCCAAAGUGGAGGACUCAAGCCACUUUUUAAAUCACCAAUCCUAAGGAAAUAUUUCGUAAUAACAUCCAUCAUAUGGUUUUCGGUAACGCUGUGCUAUUUCUGCCUCGUGCUGAGCGUGGGCAAGUUGGGUCUAGACAUCUUCCUGGUACAACUCAUUUUUGGUGUCACUGAAAUACCGUCCCAUCUUGUCUGUAUCUGGUUUCUGGAGAAGUUGGGGAGGAAAAUGACCUUAAUAUCUUCCCUGCUGACUGGCAGUGUCAUCCUCUUCCUGACCCUGGCUCUUCCUCAAGACAGUGCUACUGCUAUAACAGCCCUCGUAACAACAGGAAGGUUCUUUGUGAAUAUUGCUAAUUCAGUAUGCAUGGUCUAUGUUCAGGAGUUGUUUCCCACUUCUGUCAGGCAAGCAGCAUUUGGUUUGUGUUCUGUAGGCUGUAGAAUUGCAGGGUUGUUGGCCCCGUCGCUCAACAUGCUGGUUGUCUUCCACUGGGCCAUACCCACCGUUGUCUUCAGCAGCCUUUCAUUGGUCAGCGGUGUCUUGGUCUUCCUGCUCCCUGAGACCAGGAGGAUAGAGCUGCCUGAUUCAACGGAUGAGGCGGAGGCCACGAGAAAUACAAACACGAAGAACAAAACUGACUCAAAAAUGACUGAACACAAUAGUAUAAGAUCAACUAAACUGUAGUCUGAAUUAUACAGUUCUACAGAGACACUUUUCC